AUGAGAAUGCCUUCCGCCCUCAGCGAGACAAGACUGUUUCGCAAGAGAUCCAGCCAAACCAAAUCGCAAAUCACAACCAUUUCAAAGCCAGUUCCUCGUAGCGGAGCUUCAUCACCAAUCGACUCCACCCAGCGCCCUUCAGAAGAAAAGACAGCAGUCGGAGACUCAUCGUCUAGUGACAUUCUUCGAAACAACCACUCUCCCAGCCCAAAAUAUGAUGAGAUCCUUUUGGAUGACACGGCAAUCCUUGCACCAUGCGAGUACAUCCGAUCACUCCCCUCCAAGAAUGUCCGUGCAACGGUCGUUCAAGCCUGCAACUUGUGGUUCAAGCUGUCCGAAAUUCACACCGCCGCCAUCAUCGAUAUCAUCUCAGACCUCCAUAAUGCCUCUUUGAUUUUGGACGACAUUCAAGAUGACACCGUCCUCCGUCGAGGAAGCCCAGCCACACACUGUGUCUACGGAAAUGCUCAAGCCAUCAACAGCGCCAUUUACAUGAUCGUUAACAACUGUGCAAAGCUCGGACAACUACAGCUUGUGGGCCCAGCGGCUAUGAAUGCCCUGGUGAAUGGAACAAUCGAAUUAUCUGUUGGCCAGAGCUGGGACUUGAAAUGGAAAGCCCACCUACACUGUCCAUCUGUGGGAGAAUACAUGGCAAUGGUUGAUGGAAAGACAGGAGCGAUGCUCAAGUUGAUCAUCCAUCUGAUGCACAGCAUGUCAGACCAGCGUCAAAUGGACAGUGCCAUGCAUUUAUUUGACCGAUUGGUACUUCUACUCGGACGCUUUUACCAGGUUCGCGACGACUACCAGAACCUGCAGGAUGACACAUAUUCAGAGCAGAAGGGAUUCUGUGAGGACCUUGAUGAGGGCAAGAUAUCUUAUCCUGUCAUCGCUUGCUGCAAUGCUGAUCCCACUGCGAAGGAUAUCAUUCUUGGUAUCUUCCGCGAAAAACGGGAUCCUAGUGUCAACCCGUUGCCUAAGAGCACGAAGGUUUUCAUGUUACAAGUUAUUGACCGCUCUGGGGCAUUUGAGAGUACAUGGAACAUGUUGCAGACCCUGGGUAAAGAUACCUGGGAUGCGCUAUUGGCUCUGGAAGAGGCUACAGGGAAGGCUAGCCCUGGGCUGCAGCAGAUGAUCAAGAUGUUGAUCAACACUGUACAGCCGCCUAAGUGCUGGUGA